CUGUCGCUGGGCAGGUUUCGACCCCAGUCCCUUUCCCAGUCCUUCGGCCCUGGCUCUGGCUACCUGACAGAGGUGGGGUGACAUUUGUCCUUUACACACUGCUGGCUUCAUCUUUGGGGCUGCACCCCGAGGCAACAAAUUCACGGGUUCGGGGGUGAUCAAAGCUGGCUUUGCAGGAGACCAGAUUCCCAAAUACUGUUUCCCAAACUAUGUUGGGAGGCCCAAGCACAUGCGGGUGAUGGCCGGAGCCUUGGAGGGGGACCUCUUCAUCGGACCAAAAGCAGAGGAGCACCGGGGGCUGCUGACCAUCCGCUACCCCAUGGAGCACGGCGUGGUGCGAGACUGGAACGACAUGGAGCGCAUCUGGCAGUACGUCUACUCCAAGGACCAACUGCAGACCUUCUCGGAGGAGCAUCCUGUGCUCCUCACGGAGGCCCCGCUCAACCCCAGUAAGAACCGGGAGAAGGCAGCGGAGGUAUUCUUUGAGACCUUCAACGUGCCAGCCCUGUUUAUCUCCAUGCAAGCUGUGCUUAGUCUGUAUGCAACGGGACGCACGACAGGAGUGGUUCUAGAUUCGGGGGACGGGGUCACUCACGCUGUGCCUAUCUAUGAGGGCUUUGCCAUGCCACACUCCAUCAUGCGGGUGGACAUUGCCGGCCGUGACGUUUCCCGCUUCCUCCGACUGCUGCUGCGCAAGGAAGGGGUUGACUUCCACACCUCAGCAGAGUUUGAGGUUGUCCGGACCAUUAAAGAGCGAGCCUGCUACCUGUCCAUCAACCCACAGAAGGACGAGGCUCUGGAGACAGAGAAGGUGCAGUACACCUUGCCAGAUGGCAGCACACUUGAUGUUGGGCCUGCGAGAUUCCGAGCCCCUGAGCUGCUGUUCCAGCCGGACCUUGUGGGGGAUGAGAGUGAGGGGCUCCACGAGGUGCUGGCCUUUGCCAUCCACAAGUCUGACAUGGACCUGCGCCGGACACUGUUCGCCAACAUUGUGCUUUCAGGUGGCUCAACGCUUUUCAAAGGCUUCGGAGACCGAUUACUCAGUGAAGUGAAGAAGCUUGCCCCAAAGGACGUCAAAAUCAAGAUCUCGGCCCCGCAGGAACGGCUGUACUCCACAUGGAUUGGCGGUUCCAUCCUGGCCUCGCUGGACACUUUUAAGAAGAUGUGGGUGUCCAAAAAGGAAUAUGAAGAGGAUGGUUCCCGUGCCAUUCAUCGCAAAACCUUCUAGUGCCCAAGGAGGAUGCCCUGGUGUAGGGCUGAGUACUGAGUGGUCUUCCAUCCCCACCAAGCGGAUGCAGCCAGAGUCAGGCGCUGCGGAGCCAGAGCAGAGGAUGCACAGUGCCUGGAGCUGCUGCGUGUUCCCCUUCAGAGCACUUCAUCAACUUGCUUCUCCCUCUCCUUUACCCCUGGGCAGGAAAGGGUUAAUGCUCGUCAUUUAUUAAGGGGAAGCCUCUUAAUAAGGAGUCAGACCUAAAAGCAGGUGAGGGACAUUUUCUUCUCUCACCUCCCCAAAGAAAGAGGUUGUCACUUUUGCCAUGGCCAGGGGCCCACCUCCCUCUCUCAGAUAUGUACAAUAAUUUAACACAGUUGCCUGAAAAGAAAACUUUUGUAAAUCAUUAUAGUAAUAAUUAUGGACAAGG